CAAACAAACUAUAUAUCAUUCAUCCAUCAAACUACCUCAACCAUACCAAGCAAACACCAAAUCAAUCAAUCAACCAACCAACCAGCAUUGAAGUCUCUUUCUCAUCAUGUCAACUCAAUUUGCCACAGUCACCUUGAUUGUUGGAAUGUUAGCAACCGGUUGCUCAAACAGUCUCUGGUCAAAGUUUCAAGACAAACAAUGUGUAGAAAACUGUCAAAACCCAGACCCUUCAACUCAUCAACACUUUGAACAACCAGUAUGGCAAACCCUCAACAUGUUUGCCGGCGAAAGUUUAUGUUUGAUUGCAUUUUAUCUAAUCAAAUACACAUUCAAAGCCAGCAAACCAAUCUCACUUCAUGAUUACCAACCUAUUCCAAGACAUUCAGAAGAAAGUCAACCCAGAGGAUCUGAAGAUCAUCCUAUCAUUUCAGAUUCAUUAAUCCAACCUAUUCAUUUAAAUUCGGAUGAUCCAUCGAAUAAUGAUCAAACCCCUUUAGCUGUUCAUGGUCCUACUCCUAAUCCGAUCGUAACUUCUUUAGAACCUAAUCAACUUACUGUGAUGUCUUCUCAACCUGAAACGUUUCAACUCAUAGGGAUCCAGAAAAUGAUCUUUUGGUUACCUACGAUCUUUGAUAUUUGUGGUACAACUUUAAUGAACGUCGGUUUAUUAUUUGUUCCAGUUUCGGUUUUUCAAAUGAUCAGAGGUGCCUUACCACUUUGGGUAGCAUUCUUUUCGGUUAUUUUUCUUAAACGAACCUUUAAAGCUCAUAAAUGGUUAAGUUUAUUGAUCAUCACUUUUGGAGUCGCUCUUGUCGGAUUUGCUGGUUCGUUACAGUCUAAAGAGAAAACUGAGAUGAAAAGUUUAGGUGCAGAUGAUGGAACGAAAACUGUACUGGGAAUCUUUUUGAUUUUCUUUGCUCAAGUUUUUUCGGCAAGUCAAUUUGUAGUUGAAGAAAAGAUUAUGACAAAGUAUGAAGUACCUCCAUUAGAAGCUGUUGGAUUAGAAGGCAUCUUUGGUCUCUUUACUACUGUGAUAGCUAUUCCAGUCUUACAUAUCUUUAUUGGAUCUAAACCGGCCGGUCGAAAAGGUUAUUUCGAUGCCAACGAAGGAUUUCAUCAAAUCAUUUCAAAUUCUCAAAUCCUUUGGUCUUCAUUAGCCAUAGCGAUUAGUAUUUCAAUGUUUAAUUUUUGUGGACUAGCAGUUACUAAACAUAUUUCGGCAACUGUUCGAUCGGUGAUUGAUACUUGUAGAUCGAUUGGGAUUUGGAUGGUUUCUAUUGGCUUGGGUUGGGAAGUCUUUAAUGGAUUACAACUCUUAGGGUUCUUGAUCUUGAUCUUGGGUACAUUUUUGUUUAAUGAGAUUUGGGUUUAUCCGAUUUGGUUUUUAAAUUUUUUGGAAACUGUCUUUGGUUUUGAACUUGAUGCUCCUCAACAUCAUCAACGUGAUCAAAGGUUGGAUUGACGUGUCGUGAUUUUGUACUCUUUUUUGUUUUUCGUUUUUUUGGUUUGUUGUACUUUUUAGUUUUUUUUUUGAUCUCUUUACAUAUCUUAUCGUUUGUUGUAAUGCAACCCAUUUAGUUUUUAAAAGCAACCAUU